AUGGCUUCCCACCAACAAAACUCCGACCUCAAAUUAACAGUGCCGGCGGCGGCGGCGCCGGAAUCCGGCAAGCAAUAUGACUACUCCAAGCGUUCCCAGUGGCUGCGCGCCGCCGUCCUCGGCGCCAAUGACGGCCUCGUCUCGACAGCAUCGCUACUCAUGGGCAUCGGCUCAGUCAAAACCGAUGUCAAAGCGAUGAUCUUGACCGGCUUUGCCGGCCUCGUCGCCGGAGCCUGCUCGAUGGCGAUCGGAGAAUUCGUCUCCGUCUAUUCGCAGCUCGACAUCGAAGUGGCCCAGCUGCGUCGGGACAAGAAGGCUGCGGCAGCCGCCGGAGAAAUCGACGACGGCAGCAGCAAGGAGGAUCUCCCGAAUCCCGUCCAGGCUGCCGCCGCGUCAGCCCUGACUUUUUCCGUCGGAGCGAUGGUCCCGCUCCUCGCCGCCUCAUUCAUCACCGACUACCGGGCCAGGAUCGCGUCGAUCGUGGCUUCCGCCACCGCCGCCCUGCUGGCAUUCGGGUGGCUCGGCGCUGCGCUCGGGAAGGCCCCCGUCGUCAGGUCGUCCGCCCGGGUUUUAAUCGGGGGGUGGAUGGCGAUGGGGAUUACCUUCGGGUUGACGAAGCUGAUCGGAUCGAAAAGCCUGUAA